GGCAGCCGUCAUGACUAAAGCUAGUAUAUAUGUAGGUAGGUAUUGUGGCGUAAGGGCGCUUAGAUAAAUUACUUCAAUAAUCUAUAAUAUUCGGCGAAGCCCGACGGCACGAAAAGCACUACUCCUUGAAUCUCCGGCAGCAUGGGCGACUCAUCUGUGUCCUCUUCCAAGGUCCCACAGCGGACUCGACGGACGCGCUUUGUCUGUAUAUCAGACACACACAACUGCACAGUGAAACUCCCAAAAGGCGAUGUGCUUAUCCAUUGCGGAGACCUGACGAACCAGGGAAGUUUCGCUGAGCUAUCGAAGCAAGUGGCGUGGCUUGAGAGAGCCGACUUUGAAUGCAAGCUAGUUAUCGCUGGGAAUCAUGACAUUACACUCGAUACCGAUUUCUUCGAGCAGUACGGAAACUAUAUUCACAAUAACAGUCCCCAGAAUCCCAUUGACUGCCACAACUUAUUGACACAAUCAAACUCGCUCAUCUACCUCGAGCAUUCGAGUUACACCGUCAAACUCGCCUCCCCGUCCGGGCCACGGACCACCUUCAAUGUAUUUGGCUCUCCCUAUGUUCCCGACUGUGGGAUGUGGGCCUUUCAAUAUUCGCGGAGGGAUCCUGCACUUGCUGAGAAUAUAUGGAGUGAUAUCCCACUCGACACCGAUAUACUCAUCACUCACGGGCCGGCGCGUACACACAGGGAUGAGUCUCAUCAUAGAGAGGCGUUAGGUUGCGAAAGUCUGCGACAAGCGUUAUGGCGAGUACGACCGCGUAUUGCGCUCUGCGGGCAUGUCCACCAAGCUCGGGGUGUAGAGCGUGUUCGUUGGGACCUGUCGAACAAAUUUGUGCGGUACAAAGAGUUAGAAAGCAAUUAUCAGUGGGAGGACCCCGGCGUGAGGAACGAAAAGAACUGCCUGGUCGAUCUCACCACUAAGGGCGGUAUGCCCUUAGAUAAUGAUGGCAGCAAGGCCUCGCUAUCAUCAACACCAACAGCGUAUACGGCUGACGAGUCUGCGAAACAGAAUACGACAGGAAUCGCAACGAAUAUGAAAGCAGUGCUGACAGAAGGAGCUAAUCCCGGCAUCGGGACCCGUGGUCUUAGUGGGAACCCGGCAUCCGCUCGGAGUGAUGGACCAGCGCUAGCCGGGCGUCUCGGGCGCAAGGAGACAUGCAUUGUAAACUGCGCCCUCCAGCGAGCCAGCUACCCUCAUUCCGGGCCACGGAUGCUACACAAGCCUAUCGUGAUUGACAUCGACCUCCCUGUCUGGGGCGAUGAUUCUUAAGCAUUUAGCCACCCCGAACUUCCCGGGUGUGGUUGCUUUCGUAUACGCGCAUUCAGGCCAUGCUAGACGGCGCCCCGUAAACCGGUACGUAGAGGUAGUAGGCAGUGACAGCUUAGGCCUUUCGAGAGGCUCAAGUCUUGUUGCCUUCGGCUAUGAAAGAUCAUAUUUGUCACAAACUGUCCAUUUGUGCAGCUCGUUUCUACUUGUGUAAGUCCAAUGCGGUUUUUUUUUUUUUUUUUUUUUACCUGCGCUUUUUACCUGCCGAGCUUUCGCAGGCCAUUGUGACGAAUGAAGGAACAGCAGCAUUUUGAAUGGCCGUAGGACAUCCUAUAUACGCAAUUACGACAAGAGGCCUCCCGUGGCUUAGGGCCAGUCUACGCCGUCAUUCUUG